AAAUAAUAAGUCUCUCGGAACAUUACUUACAUUAUAAUCAUAUAAAUUUGUAUGUUCUGCGUAUAAAUUCUUUAUGAGUCUCCCAUAAGGAAUAUUUUCUUUAAUACCGUUGGGAUCAAAUAGAAUAACUUUCAUUGUUAAGAUAUUUGGUUAAAGAAACGAAACACAGUGGUGGGUGUGUAAUAAUCAUUGAGUGCUCGUCUCACCAUGCUACUGUAUGAUCUGCAGCCGUGGAGCCGACAUACCACUUCAAGGUGCUGGUGCCGUCCAUGGUGGCGGGCGCCAUCAUCGGCAAGGGUGGCGAGACCAUCGCGCAGCUGCAGAAGGACACCGGCGCCAGGGUCAAGAUGUCCAAGUCCCAUGACUUCUAUCCUGGUACAACGGAGCGAGCUUGCCUGAUCACGGGCUCCGUGGAGGGCAUCAUGGUGGUGCUGGACUUCAUCAUGGACAAAAUCAAGGAGAAACCGGAGCUCGUGAAGCCCUUCCCCGAGGGCGUCGACACCAAAAUGCCCCAGGAUAGGGAUAAGCAGGUGAAGAUCUUGGUGCCGAACUCGACGGCGGGUAUGAUCAUCGGCAAGGGCGGCAACUACAUCAAGCAGAUUAAGGAGCAGAGCGGCAGCUACGUGCAGAUCUCGCAGAAGGCCAAGGAGCUGUCCCUCCAGGAGAGGUGCAUCACUGUCGUUGGUGUUGCAGGCGACAAGGAGAACAACAAGAAGGCGUGCCUCAUGAUCCUGCAGAAGGUGGUCGACGACCCGCAGUCCGGCUCGUGCCCCAACGUGUCGUACGCGGACGUGGCGGGCCCGGUGGCCAACUACAACCCCACCGGCUCGCCCUACGCCGUGCCCACCGCCGAGGUGAAAGAGCUGGAGCAGGGUGUGGGCGCUGUGUUCCAGAACCACGCGCUGGGCGGCGGCGUGGGCGGCGUGGGCGGCGUCGGCGGCGUCGGCGGAGUGCUCGUCAACGGCGCGGGCGGCGGCAUGGCCGCGCUCUCGCUGUCGCUGUCGCUGGCGCCGCCCGGCUCGCAGCCGCCCGCGCCCAUCUCGCAGCACACGCUCGACCACAUCAAGGUGGCGCUGCGGCAGGCGGGGCACGGCGAGGCGGCGCUGUCGGAGCUGGGCGCGGCGCUGGCGCUGCUGGUGAAGCACGGCGUGCUGGGGCUGGCGCUGCCCGCCGCGCUGCCCGCGCCGCCGCUGUCCGCCGCCUACUUCCCGCUGCCGCCGCAGGACCCGCCCGCCGUCUUCGGGCCCAUCGGCCAGCUGCCGCUCGGCGGCGCGCGCGGCGGCUCGCUCGAGCGUUUCGCGGAGGUUGCAUUCGAGGCGCUUCGCCCCCCAGCCGUGGCGCCCAUCUCGCUGUCGGCCGGCGUGGGCGGCGUGCCCGGCUUCCCCUCCGCCUCGCUGCUGCCGCUCUCCAAGAGCCCCACGCCCGCCGACGCCGGCGCCAAGGACUCCAAGAAUGUCGAGAUCGCCGAGGUCAUCGUCGGCGCCAUCCUAGGACCUGGCGGGCGCAGCCUGGUGGAGAUCCAGCAGAUGUCGGGCGCCAACAUCCAAAUCUCGAAGAAGGGCACGUUCGCGCCGGGCACGCGCAACCGCAUCGUGACCAUCACGGGCACGGCCACGGCCAUCAGCAACGCGCAGUACCUCAUCGAGCAGAAGAUCCAGGAGGAGGAGCUGAAGCGCACGCGCCACAACGCCAUCUCCGGCCUCAUGCAGUAACCGCCGCCGGCGUCUGGCCUAGCGUAGUAUCUAGUUCUAGUCAAACACUGUUGGAUCACACCACCCGCUACACCGGCGCGAGUUACCUGACUCUAGUUAAGAAGUUUUGUUUUGUUUUAUCUGACGGAGGAUAUAAUUUAUGCAGCUCUCGGCGCGUGUCUGCGGGUCCCUGCGGGGUCCGUGCGCGGCACGUGUCGACACAUAGUUACCUAUUUACAAUAAUACAAGUUGAUGUAUAUUGAUUUAAUGCAUGUGACAUAGAUAGGCAGCGGGGCGGCGGGCGGGCCGCGCGUGUGUCCGCCCGGCGCCGGCAGAUGGCGCGGCCCGCCCGCUCGCUCCACUCUAUAUUUUAUUUACGUUUCUUAUCGUGAUGACAAGUAAUUAUUUUGUUCUGCCUAGCAGACGGUUAUUGUUGUUUAAGAUAAAAUAAUGAAAAUAUUGUGAUAUCUCCUAUCACGGAAAUUCCUAUUCCAUACACAUAUUAUUUUUGUAUAUUAUUCACCACGACAUACAUUUUUAUUUACAAAGUUGAUUUCAUUGUAAAUGUUACCAUUGAUAAGUUAUUUUUUUCUUUUAGUUUAUUAGGAUUAGUGUGGUUAAUUGAUAAAUCUAUUCACGCGGCGACGUCUGCGCGCGUCGUCGAUAGACUUUAACGGAAAUGUUAGGAGGUAGAUCCUCUAGGUUGUUUACGUUCACGACUAGCACGGCCCGGCCCGGCCCGGCCCGGUCCCGGCCGCUACAAGCACAGCGACGUGCGCCGCGGGCCGCCACUCGCGCACGUUGUGUCCCUCGUUUCGCAAUACCUUCGGUCUGGCUAGCAGAGCUCUUCAUUCCUGAUUUCUCUCGGUAAAGAUCUUUAUUUUUUUAUACAUUUAUAAACAAAUAAUAAUCGUUUUUAACUAUUAUUUUUUAUUAGCUAUGUUACAUCAUCGUUGAUUUGUUGUCGGUCUAAAUUUGUCUUACGAUAUAAGUACAAUUUUAAUAAUAAAUGCAUGUCCAGAGUAGAUGAAAAAUAUUAAAAGAUAUUUUAAACAUUUUAAAACAGAUUCUAUAUCGAUAUGACAAUAUAAAUGAUAUAUUCUUAUUUACAGUUACUAUAUGAUUGAAUAUUUUAUUUUUUGCGCCGUCGUUUAACCAAGACGUUCUUUUAGUAUCUGUUAGUGGCCGCGCGCCGACGACUGCAAGCCGUAGUCUCCCCGGAGACGGAGGGCCACAAGCCUCGCGGCUGCCAGUGGUCGGGGCGCGGCCUGCGUUAGUUACAUAAUAUUAUAAACUGUGAUUGUUUUCGUCGACAUUGUCAAGGUACUACGUGUCAGUCUCCACUUAGUGUAGAAGCCGUUCGGUACCUCGCCUGAGGGUAGUUUUAAGUUGUGUUUGUUUACCUCAGAAGUGCCAUCGUUCUAGAUACAGGAUAAGCGAGGCUCGCCUCUUGACAUCUUCUGUGUUCGUAACACGCGACCUGCGCUGUUGUGUUUGCUUGCAAGCUGUCCGUGCCGCGAGGGACGCUCUCGGAAAUUUGACAAUAACACGUUAAAAGCGAACUCGCUCCGCUGACACUUUACAAACAAAAAUAACAAGCCAACCCGCCGUAGACCAUUUUUCCUGUUCAUCUCUGGGCCCACGUUGGGCGCCAAUGCGUAAAACGGUCAAUGUAUUUGCAGUUAAGAUACUAAUGGUUGAAAACUUUCUACGAAGGCGGUGAAUACUAUCAAAUGUGAAUAAAAGUAUGAAGUACAAAAGAAAACGUAAUCAUAAUAAAAUAUAAUAAUUUGAAAUCGGCUUAAUGAUGAAAGUAAAUGUACGAUAGUGUGUAAGAAAUCGGAAUUGAGAGACAAUUUCUCAGCUAAUUCAUUCACAAUUACGCGAUUAAAUAAAUAAAAGUAUAAUAUUAAUAUUUUAACUAAUUAAUUAUUAUUAGGGAAGUGAGCACGCUCGAUACGCCAUAACCUUGUACUUCCGUAAGAUUGUGAAAAAUAAUAGUGGUUAUAUAACGUUGUUGUAAGUUUCUCCCAACCGAAGCGCAGUCGACUGUCGUCUCGACAUGUACGGAGUGGCGUCUGCUCAGUGUAACGAUACUGUUGUCGAGGCGUGGCCCGCCCGGCGCCGCUCGGCUCGGCUCGGGCUCGCUCGGCUGCGCUCGUAAGCGCUCGGGCCCGGUCGGCGGCGCUCGGCCGCACUCGGCUCCGCUCGGGCGCGCUCGGGCCGCGGACACACGGCGCAGACGCGCGCGCCGCCUGCCCGACGACAUCUCGGUGAAAUGAGUUGUGGGUAUUGUUAACUGAUCUAUUACAUAUAUACGUGUGUUAUGUAGUUAACAUUGCGCAGUGUAGUGUGGCAUUACAGUAGCUAGUUAAUAUAUAUUCAAUCUUUAAAGUGUAUAGGUAAAGCUUUUGGAUACAUUUCCGGUGUUUUUCGAAUUUUUCUCAUCUUAACUAUGUGUAAUGGGGGUAGGUACAGAUAUCGUCUUGUGUCAAUUAAAAAAAAUGUCUGUUUGUGCGUUCGCGGUGGCUAAGUAUUGAAAUAAGAAGAGAACUGCGUGGUUACUUCGAAGUGUGAUGGAAUGUACACGUGUCUGAUAAUGCAUAAUAUAAACGACUUAUAUAGGGCACGGAGAAUGUAAUGAACUGAUUUUAAUGUAAUGUAUUUGUAUCGGUCGCGGCUAGGCAUGUUAUAUCUGUGAGAAUAACUAGUAGUGCGAGCUUAGCGCUGGCGAUCGCGAACACACAGACGGGAGGUCGUGUCGGCCGAAGCCUGAACGCGUAUCGCCUGUCACGUCGAUUUAACAAGCUCAAUUUUAUCGGAACUAAAUCUUGAUUAGUCAGUACGUAUAAGUGAAAUGCGUCAAUUAAAUGAAAUGUAUAAUUUCCAAAAACGAUAUCAAACUGUAGACUCGGCAUUGUUGAACUCGGGCGAGCUCUGGGGGUAGACAUAGGUUCCGUCUCGUUUCUUCACUCUAUCUCUCUUUGUAAGUUAUCGCGUGUAUUGUUACUCGGGGCGGUGUCCGCGAGUGUCGGGGAACACAUUCCGGCUAGAGUUAGGUCCGAGGGGGCGGCCGCGUGCGGGUCAGCCGAGCUGCCUUCUCUUACAAUAUUGUACCUCGUUAUGCACACUCGUUGUUUUCUCGUUAACUUAAUGUUAGAAUGUUAGAAUGGCUCUUGUGUACCUCGCUGGCUGUACAAACGCGUACAUCUCGACACAUCGCGACCGCCGCGUCGACUUUAUAAUAGUUAUCGAUUGAACUCUAGUUAGAUAAUCAUAAGUUAAUGAUCUUAAUAAACAUUAUAAUGGGUAAAUAGAUAAUUUUUAAAAUUACUGGAAAAUGUUAAUGUUGUUAUACUGAAGUUGUUACAAUAUUUGAGAGUAUAUUAACGGAAUACAAAAUAAUAAUUUUAGUGCGUUAAUCAUCACCUGGACAUAGUUAGUCGCGUGGAAUAACUAGUGCACCUGUCCCUGUCACGCAGUAGUGUUGCCUCCCGCCUCCCGCCGCCCGCACGCACGCAGCCUCCUCCCGCGCAUGCUAGCCGCGGUCCCCGCCCGCCGCAGCCCCCGCACUUGACGAUCAUACUAUAUGCUGUUACGAUUAAGGAAUUUCAAUGUUGUAGGAUAAGGUAGCUAGUUGUCAUUCUUCAUUCUACGGAUUUAACGGUGAGGUUCAUGUUGGCACGUAGAGCCGGCUCGGGCGGCCACGGUGCCGCGCAUCUCAUCCUCCCAUUUAAUUUUAAUAGCUAAAUGUUGUUGAAUUUGUUGAUAGAGUGGUUUAUUGUAAUAGGUAGUUUAGUGGGUAUACACGCGAAGUUGGCAGCCGUUGGGUGCGCUAGGCUAGAGUAAGGUUCGAUACUGUGUUUAGGAAAAUGGCUGUGCGUUCAAGUCGAACUCAACAUUAAGACAUCACCAUAACGCUUGUUUCCGACGGGCGCGAAUCGCACACGACCCCCGCCGCCCGCCACCAGCGGCUCUGCGCGCUCCACUCACUAUCUGUAUAUAAUUGCAUAACAUUUUUCAUUUACGUUAUUCUCCUUGCUCAUUGUCAUCAAUUUAUUAAAGACUGAGGAAUCAACUCGCGCAUAUUGACAUCGUCACGAACGCGUCCCAAACGGUAGGGAUUAAUUGUAAUAUAUAAUUGUUUAUUAAUCAUUAAAAUUAAAAUUUCGCUCGGUUUCACGUGGGCUCGUCCUGAGGGAUGCAGUCUGGGCGUCGUGUGCGAUCCCCGCGGUGAACACCGGUCCGUCGAGUCAGAGUUAGGAGGGCGCCCCGCCCCGCGUGUGUAGGGACCGCGGCCGCCGCUCGCCGCGAGGCGGGCCGCCGCCGCCCGCCCGCGACUGCGCCGAUCAGUCGUUGUCUCAUCAACCUUUACACAUGUUGAGAUUGAUAUGUUAUACUAAUUCUAUUGAAUUAUAACUUGUUGCGUAUUAUAAGUAUGUAUAGAGCGAGCUCCGGCUCGGUACGUUAUGUGUAAAUGUCAUACGUUGAUAACAUUUGUUGCUGUACAGUUCAGUGAUGGAAUUUUUAUUUUUUAUUAUUAAUAUUUUUGUUAACUUGGUUUACGAUAAACGGGUCUGCAAUGUUAUGUAACGAGAAUAUAAUUUUUAAUUAAGUUUGAAUUUAAAAAGCAAUGUUGAAUAAUAAAUAUGUUUUGAAUUUAAAAUUCACUAUAAUUAUUUUAGUCAAUGUUUAUUAUUGUUUAGUUAGCUGUACUGUCAGAUUGAUUUUCUAAUGAAGUGUUAUUUUGCAAUGUUGUAAAUGAUAAGAGGUAAAAAUGGAAGGUUACAAUGUCUUAGUGUUUAAAAGCUCGAAACCAAUUGAAAGGUACCUUGAACAUUGUCUAUAUUAUAUUAACAUUAAUAAAUGCAAAAAAUAA